GGCAGGGUCAGUGGGAGGUGGAGGUGCAGGGAGCUGGCUCCAGGAUGGAUGCCCGGCUGCGGGGCUUGGGCAGGUGGGAACCACGGAAGGGUUUAAAGCAGGGGAGUGACCUGGCUGGACUUCUGCUUUGGGAAGGUUGAGAAUGGCUCGGGACGCUGUCAGGAGCUGCAGGGUGGAAGGUGGCAUGGCUGGAGGCUGAGGGGCUAUCUGGGGACCACGAUGACCCUUCAGUGCAGUUCUGUUUUGGGACAAAAGCAGGCUGAGCGGCUCUCAAACCUCUGCCUGUGUAACCUCCUAAGAUUCACCGGCAUAGCUGCCCCUCCUUACCUGGCCUUCCUCAGGGCCUCCUGGGAGAGGACCUCCACAUCCGACCCCACUCUGGGACCUGCUGACACCCUGGGGGUCUCAGCUGGGAGGAGGGGCUUCUGGGCGGCAGCUCUGACUCCCUCGGGGUGGAGACACGGCAGGUCCCACCUCUGCUCCUGGCUCUGAGCUGUAGACUGUGUCCCUCUGUGAGCUUCAGGUUCCUCAUCUGUGAAAUGGGCAAAGGACACUGCCUAUCUUUGCUGUCACAGAAGCUGAUCUGUGUCAGGCCUCGAGCUGGGCACACAGUAGGUGCUUACUAAGUGUGAGCUCUCCCAAACAGGAAGGCAGAGCCUGGCUCACCCUUGCCCCACACCCCGGGCCCCGCCCCCUUGACAGCAGAGGAUGAGGUGUGUGCUGAACGGUUCUCUUCACGACAUCCUGCCCUGCUGGGCACCAGCCCCCAUGCCAAGCAUGGAGGGCACCAGGGAGAGAGGGGAGAGUGGAGGCUGGGACAGAUGGCGCCCUGAAGUGUGUGGGUCACAUCUGAAUCAGGCAGGGUCUCUGAAGCCUGGCGCUGGGGGAAGUCGCCGACCUGUGGCCAGGGCAGGGCUGAUAAAGUCCAUCAACCGCCUGGCUGUCGCUCCCACCUUGGGCCUCUGUCCAGCUGCUUGGCCGCCUCUGGGAACCUCGAGAAAGCUCGCCUGCUGCCAAGAUGUCCUCACCGCGGACAGAGACUCCUGGGCCAGAACUGCAGAGCCCCAGGAAGGCUGAGGAGCUGCAGACUCCAGCUCACAGCUCCCGGCGAACAGGCAGCAGGAAAGAGCCCAGUGGCCACCGCGUCGAUGGCACAAGGCUGGGCCUGGGCACCCUGAAGCAGGCCUUCUCCCGGGCCAGCCAGCGGGUUUCGACCCAGGUCUCCAAGGAAGACGCGGGUCUGCUAAGGCGAAGCUCCUGCUCCCUGUUCCGGUCCCUCCGGCGAGCCCUGGACGAGGGCCCAGCUGCUGGCCAUUCCCAGGCCACUCCUGAGGUGCCCUCGGAGGUCACGAAUGCUGUCAGCCAGCAGGCAUCUCCUGGGGCAGCGUCUGAGGAACUGAAACCCGAGGCAGAAGGCAAAUCCGUGGCAGACCUCAUUACUGAACGGCAACUGCUGGCGGCCUUGGAACAGCUUCUGCAUCUGGAGACGCGGCUGGUGGCGGAUAAAGCCUCGCGCACCUUUGAGCAGGACCCCACGGCCUUCGCGCGGCGCGCCAUGGACGUGUGCCUGCAUUACGACGGGCUGGCAGCUGAGAUCGGGGCCAUCGUGCGCGAGACGCUGGGCGCCGAAGGCGUGGACGCCGCCGCGCUGGCCGAGCUGGCCCGCGUGGUGCGCGCGGAGGAGGAGGCCCACCCCGCGCCCCCAGACGACGGCGACUUCCUGCGCACGCCGCGCCGCUGGCGCCAGCACUGGGAGGAAGCGGUGAGGCGAAGCGCUCAGGAGCGCGUGCGGCAGCCGGGCACGCGGGAGGCCGAGGGCGCGUCGGGCCUGGCCCAGCUUCUGGCCGAGCUGGGUGGCUUGGUUCGCCGCGACCUGCAGAAGGUGUGGCAGGAGGUGCAGCCCGCGUACUCGGCGGCCGGCUUCCCGGCCUGGGAGGUCUACCUGCGUGCCUUCCACGGCGCUGUCGCCCAGCGCCUCCAGGAGCUCGCGCGCGAUGCCCGCGGCUGCGAGCAGCUCUAUCUUCUGCUGGACUGGGCGGCCAACGUGUACGGCAGUCCUGACUUCCUGGGCGCCCCGGGCCUGGCGCUGCCCGCCGAGCCGCUGCCCCCGCUCCUGGCGCCCGACGUGUGGGCCCGACUGGAAAGUGACUACACUAGCUUCCUCGAGGCCAAGAUCGCAAGCUGCUUCGACCGUAUCUUGCAGCUGGAACAGAGUCGCUGGGCGGCGGCCGAGGGCCCCGAGGUGCUGCAGGGCCUCUACCGGGUGCCGCUGUCCAUGGACGUCCACAUGCUCGUGGCCGAGCACGUGAAGGCGGCCGGCGCCAUCUCCGCGGAGCUGGAGGCCACCACCCUGCGAAUCUGCACGCGGGCGCUCGGCCUCUUCGUGCCCAGGUUUGAAAAGGCUUUUCUGGCGUCGGAGGCGGUGAGCGACCCACACCUGGGCGCCUACAUCAAUGCCUGCGAGGAGCUCAGGACCAGUCUUCUCUCCAGGUUCCCAGGAACCCAAGAGGAGCUGGAGAAGCCCCUGGUGGCGGCCACCUGCAGCUUCCAGAAGCACCUGCUUUGGGGCCUGCAGCGUGACUUGCAGCCGCUCUUCAGGGCCGUGUGGACCAGGGGCUGGCUGGCAGGGGACUGGCUGCGACCCCUCAUGGACAAGGUGGUAGUCUUUGCUGGUCAUCUCCAGCAUGUGGCCCGGCCGCGGGCACAGGAGGCUCUGCAGGAGGUGCACCGGUUCGUGGUCCGAGAGUACCUGGCGCAGGCGCUGAGGCCGCGGGAGCGGUUCCGGGGCACGGAGCGCAUGCGCGGCUCCCAGAAGAUGAGUCAGGAUGCCCAGGCCAUCGGUGACACCUUCCAGGGCCUGGGUUCCGAGGCCACGUGGCUGGACCAAGCCAUCCAGUGUGUGGCCGAGAUCCUGGGCGAGACUUAUAAAGAUGACAUCCAGCGGCACCUGGAGACUCUCAUCCGGAGCUACCCUGACAUCAGGCAGGACCACGUACUGGCCAUUCUGGCGCUGCGCCGCCUGGGCCGCCGGCGGAACCAGCAUCUCUUGCAGCACGCCCAAGACCUGCUGAGAGCUGCGGCCGGGGCUGCGGGUGCAGAGGCCCCCCGGGGCCGUGUGCUCUUCGAGGAGAUCAAGGUGCCCAGUGCCAUGGCGGUGCUGAUCACCUGCGUCUAGUGCUCUCCGGCCAGAGAGGGGGCGGCUGUCGGUGGGGAGCCGUGGUCCAUGGGGGUCAGCCAGAAGCCGAGGGAGUCACUUUCGGCCCUGCUCCCAACUCUGACACCACAGUUAGGGAAUUUUUGUCGUCAGCAGCUGAGCACAGCUGCCAGGCCAGAAGGAGCAGCCUGCCGGAGGGAUUUCAGGCAUCAGAGGGAGUGUUUUGUGUUGCAGAGCUCCCUUCAGUGCUGCCCAGCUUCACCCUCCGGUCUGAAAGUGAAGAGCAGAGAAUUUAUUUUAAAAAUAAAUGUGAAUUAAGA